GAAUCUUCUAAUGAGAGGGCAGAUGAUGUAAUAAGUUCACUCUGUUAUUGUUGCUCAGUCAUCCUGUUCCACGAAUCCUUCUCUCUCGACCAACCAUGACCAAAAUUCUUAUGACUGGCGUUACCGGCUAUAUCGGAGGCACCAUCCUCACGCGUUUCGCCCAACGAUCCGACUUUGAAACAUUCGACAUCCGAGCCAUCGUGCGUUCUUCAGAAAAAGCCGAGAAGCUCAAAUCUCUUUUCAAAAACGUAACACCGAUCUUGGGCUCUCACUCCGAUAUCCCAUUGAUAUCCCAAGCGGCUUCGGAGGUGGAUGUGGUUAUCGCGAUGGCCGACUGCGACGAUGUGGAUGCUGCCACUGGUACUUUACAAGGAUUGAGAAAACGGUUCGAAGAGACUGGUAAGAAGUCGAUAUUUAUCAACACCUCCGGGACAGGUGUUCUUAGCGACAACGCAGCUGGAAUGUACCCGACAGACAUCAUCUGGGACGAUGCCAACCCCGACCAAAUCGCAACGCUGAAACCAACUCAACCUCAUCGUCCUGUUGAUUUGAAGAUAGUCGGUGCUGACGCUGAGGGCUACGUGAAAACCUAUAUCGUCCUACCCGCUACCAUCUGGGGUAUAUCCAAAGGUCCCCUAUUCACUUCUGGAAUCUCCAACAAGAAAUCCGUCCAAAUCCCAGCCUUGAUCCGCGCGUCUUUGGAUAGAGGCCAUGCAGGUAUGGUGGGGCUGGGAAAGAACAUUUGGCCUAACGUCGAGAUACAUGAGCUCGGAGAUCUAUAUAAUCACCUAUUUGACGCCGUCGUCGUCUCUUCUUCUUUACCGUCUACCCCCGGACACGGCCGCGAAGGGUACUAUUUUGGCGCAAACGAAGAGCACACCCUAUAUCAAGUUGGCAAAUCCAUCUCUGACGUGAUGCUCAAGAUGCACAAAAGCAAUGGCGGGGAACCCACUACCUUCACUCAAGAAGAGAUCAACAAGUAUUUCAACGGCUCAAGUUACCUGGGCAGCAACUCGCGCUGUCGACCCAAUCGCUCCAAAGCCCUUGGGUGGGCGCCGAAGAAGACUACACAAGAUAUGCUGGAUAGUGUUUAUCCUGAAACGGAAUUGGUUAUUGAAAUUGGGGCACCCGCUGUGUCCGAGAAACUUUGACUUGUCAUAUACAUCGGUACAAUGUCCGCCUAUUGCUUAAUGGAACGAGGUGUCGAAUUAGAUUUCACUAGUUGCA